UGCUACAUCAUACCGAUAUUGCCCUGGCUGUGACCGGCCGACCACUCAGCAAGUAAUCGUACUUCGAUAUCCGCUUGGCCUGGUGCUGAGUUGGCUCAGAGUUAAUGAGAUAAUCAUCAACGCAGUGCAACAUCUUGCAGCCACAUCAUACUGUAUUCCAAUGCCACGCGAAUGGUCAACAGCAAGUCCAUUGCCAUCUCCUCCUUCCAAUCACAUUAGCUUCCAACAAUUGCUUCCACUUUACAAAAGCAACUCUCUCGAUAUGGCAGGCGACCAACAAAUCAACACCCAACGAGGUACAUCCUCGCGAAGCAUCAAUUCAGCGCCGUCAAAGAACCCGAGCAAAUCAGGGUCUGAAGAAUGGUCAGAAAUCAAAGAUCCAGAAGAGCGGAGAAGGAUCCAAAACAGAAUAGCCCAACGGCGAUUCAGGGGUAAUAAACGAGAACAAAAAGAAGAAGCAGAACGGGAAGCUGAUAAUCAACGGCGGGCCGCUAGCUCGUACUCCACACCCGAACCUGGUGACAUGGAGCAAAAUCACGACCUAUCCGGCUUGCCGUGGGGAGGAAUCUCGAUGAAGUACAUCGUCGAGGCGGGGAAGACGAAGGAACAAAACUCCCAACGCAGCUCCAGAGAAAGUUCAGUGUACGCUGCGGCUUCUCGAACAGGAGGUAGCAGUAGAGUCGGCCUCCACUUAACCGAUCAAUUCGCGCGAGGCUAUCCUGCGUGGACAUUCUUUCGCAACCGUUCUUCGGGCUGGGGUCCAAGUUGA